CAAGAUUUUGAUGUGAUUAGUUCUCAGCAAAUAAUUUGAAAUUCAACCGUAAUAAUCUUGAUUACUACGUCUAAGUCGUGGAUAAACUUGAAAAUAUAUAUAUGUCCAAAAAAAUUUAGAACAUUAGAACUACGAAAAGAAAUUAGAGAAUGUUAGCUGAGCUAACGAUAAAGUUAGCUGAGAAAUACAUCCGAAGAGUUUGAAAGUUGAAUUUAAAAAAAAAGGGAACUACACUAUCAAUCUCAAAUUCCGCAAUAUUUCAAUCGACAGUUGAAAAUAAUGCAUAAUGGCACAAAAGAAUAUGUAUGCCAACAAUGCGUUUAAAGGCUUAGAACGCUUGCAGGGAAUACAAAAGAUCCGGGUGCGACUCCCGGCCGAGAUAAACACGUUAUCAUCUCAAAAACUUUGCAACAACAUAAACAUACAUAUUGACGUUAGGCCCCACAAAUGCGGAGAGUGUGGUAAAGCGUUUCUGUAUGGAUCGUAUUUGCGUCGUCAUGAGAUGAUUCAUGCAGAGGAAAAACCUUAUCAAUGCGAAUUUUGCGAAAUAUCAUUUAAUUACAAAUCGGUUCUAAAAAGACACAUAGAGGCCAAGCAUUGCAUUGAUAAAAAUUACAAGUGCGUCAUGUGUGAGAAAGCUUUCAAAACUCAGCCAGAAUUGCGUUAUCAUAUAAACACGAUUCAUUUCCAAAAACAGUAUAAAUGUAAUCAAUGUCCAUCUACAUUUGCCCAUCCUAAGAUCUUAAGAGAGCACAUAAAAAUACAUGCAGGCAAGAAAUCAUAUAUUUGCGAGAUUUGUGGCAAAGGUUUUACUUUUAAAAGUAACCUAAACGAUCACUGCACAUAUGUACAUAGCGAUGAAAAGCCGUAUGAGUGUUUGAUGUGUGGCAAGAGCUACAAGCGAAAAAGGGCACUUGAUGAACACAUUCGAGCUGAGGGUCACAAAAGUAACAUCACCUAUAUGACAAGUAAAGAACAAACUGUAGCUGACAACAAAACAGAUAAGAAAAAUUAUAACUACUCUUAAUGAUAAUGAUGGAAUGAUGAAAGAGAAGUAAAGAAUAAAAAUGUAACUUUAGUAUGAGAUGUUAUAUGCAUAGAUGGGAGUUUUCUAGAAAAUACAAUUUUUUUCGGAGAUGCAAUUGAAUACUGUCAGAGCAUCGUCGUGUAAAGUUGACAAUGCGUUCAGAAAACAAAAUCCUCACUGCUUAAUAUCUUUAAUAAUUUUACGUUGGAUACUAGUUGGAUUUAAAGUAGUACACUCACGAAUUGAAAACAGAAUUUUUUGAAAUUGAUGCUAUACGUAUUUAACUAGAAGACGUUAUUACAUUUGUGCAAUUGCAGUGCAAGUUGAGGUUUCAAUAUUGAAAUGUAAACAAUUGAAAGCCGCACUUUUUAUAAGUAUCGCAUACACAAAAUUAAUGAAAAUGUGUUUCUGUAGUGACAUGUUAAUAAGAAACGAGUGUGCGAGAAGGAAAAGAAACUAGAAAGGAAUAUUAUGAAUCA